AUGAAUAGCACUCGGAUACUUGCGGCUGAUGUGUGGGACUGUCUCUUCGAAAGGAAGCAAAAGCCCUUCCCAGAUGAUCAGGUCAUCUUCAAAUCCGGUCCGGAUGAGCGCACCUAUAGCAAUAUUCGUUCUGACGCUCUGAGUUUUGGUGCCAAUCUGCAGGUCAGACUGGGAUGGAAAAAGGACGAUGUUCUUCUGGUGUUUUCGCCGAAUCAUAUUGAUAUACCACUGGUCUACUGGGGCUGUCAUUGGGCCGGAGGCGUCGUCUCACCUGCCAACCCGACCUAUACUGCAGAGGAGCUGGAGUACCAGCUUGCGGAUAGUGGAGCAAAAGCACUAGUUAUUCAUCCGUCUCUGGUCAAAGUUGCAACAGCAGCGGCGUAUAAAGUCGGAUUGCCAGUGUCGAAUAUAUGGGUUGUUGGAGCACAACCCUCGGAACCAGGACUAGGGCAUGUUCAAUCUAUCCUUGCCAGCAAGACAGUGGGAGAAAUUCGUCCCCGUAUCGACCCUGCUACAGAUACAGCAUUUUUAGUUUAUUCCUCAGGAACGACUGGACGACCCAAGGGUACACUGGUCACUCAUACCAAUAUAGUGGCGAAUAUGACAAUGCAAGGACAAGUCGAUGGUCCAUUUAUGGAUUGGAGAAAGGACCGAGUUCUUGCUGUGAUACCAACCUAUCAUAUCUUUGGCCUUAUGUGUUUGUUUCAUGUUCCCGUCUUCAUGGGACUGCAGACAAUUAUCGUGGAGAAAUAUUCCAUCUCGAGCUUCUUGCGUGACGUUUAUAAUGAGUCUAUCACGAAUGUUUACGUUGCUCCCCCAAUUGUUCUGCAUUUGGCCAAGGAUCCAGCAAUGACACGAGCUCGUCUAUCAUCCCUGCGAAUGGUGACAUCCGGGGGCGCACCCCUGCCCCCAGGCCUGAUCCGCGCGGUACAUGAUCGACUGAAGAUCCCGGUUCGCCAGGCAUUCGGAUUGACGGAGUCGACCGCGAUAAGUCAUACCCAGAGAUGGGACAAAUGGAAUCACGCGAUAGGAUCCAAUGGUCCCCCACUGCCCGGUGUCGAGGUAAAGUUCAUCAAUGGAAGAGGGGACGAAGUCCAAGGCGAAGGCGAGCUCUGUCUUCGAGGACCGACCAUCUUCCUGGGAUAUCGCAAUAAUGCCGAAGAUACGAAGAAAUCAAUUACGCCUGACAAAUGGUUCAUGACUGGCGACAUUGGGUAUCAAGACGAGGAGAGCAAUCUCUUCUUGACUGAUCGGCUGAAAGAUCUGAUUAAAUACAAGGGGUUCCAGAUUCCGCCGGCAGAGAUAGAAAGUGUGCUCCAUACACAUCCUUUUGUUCAUGAUGUCGCUGUUGUUGGGGUCUUUGGUCAGGCUAUCGCGUCUGAGGUACCGAUUGCCUACGUCGUUCUCAAUGAGGGAACAGAAGGAAAUCAAAAGGUUGCAGAAGAAUUGAUUGAGUAUGUUGCUCAAAAGCUGGCUCCUCACAAGAGACUUCGUGGGGGUGUCAUCUGGGUCGAUGAAAUUCCUAAAGGACCUUCUGGCAAAAUUCUCAAGCGUGUUCUCAAACACCGCAUUGAAGAGAUGGACCGGGGGAAAGCCGUUGGUGCUGUGGUAUACGAAGACAUUUCGUCCAAGCUAUGA